GGACUGCAGCCCGGCCACUGGCAGCAGCAUGGAGAAAGGACCCUGGCAUCCCACCUGCUGCCCUGCGCCCCCACGGUGGUGCCAGGCCGUGUCCAGACGGGUUGGGGUGCCCCGGUGCUGUCCGUGACCCCGUGCCCAUGGAGAGGAUGAGCUGGCUGAGCAAGCUGACCCCACGGGCGGGCGGGCAGCGAGCCCCCCGCAGCGCCAGCCUGCAGCCCCCCGUCACUGCCGACCCCGAGACCUGCCUCAUGGUCUUCAAGAACCACUGGGCACAGGUGCUGCGGAUCCUGGAGCGGCGCGGGAGCAAACCAGCCCCCGACGACCUCAGCGCCGUCCGCAACAACACCUACCAGAUGCUGAACCUGCUGGCUGAGGACCGGCCCUGGGGGGACGGGGACAAGGACAGGUCACAGGGGGACGGGGACAUGGCAUGCGGGCCCAUCCUGGAGUUUGUGGCUGCUGAGAACCUUCUGGAGCGGCUCUUGUGCUGGCAUCUGCAGGGUGACUUCACCGAGGAGAGGAAGGUGGAGCAGCUGAAGCUGUACGAGAUGCUGAUCAGCCAGGCCCGGCAGCCCCUGCUGCGGCACAAGCCGGUGCUGACGCCGCUGCUGCGCCUGCUCAGCGUGUGCGCCGAGCCCGCCUCGGCCCCGCUCGAGAACAGCCUGGUGCUGCUGCUCAACCAGCUCUGCGUCUCCGUGGCGCGCGAGCCCGCCAUCCUGGAGCUCUUCUUCCACAGCCACACGGACCAGGGCCCCGCCAACCUCAUCAUCUUCUCGCUCCUCAUCCCCUUCAUCCACCACGAGGGCGCGCGGGGCCAGCAGGCGCGCGACGCGCUGCUGCUCAUCAUGGCCAUGUCGGCCAGCAACCGUGCCGUGGCCCAGUCCAUCACUGACAACUCCUACUUCUGCCCGGUGUUGGCCACGGGCCUGAGCGCCCUGUACUCCUCCCUGCCCCGCAAGAUCGAGGUGCGAGGAGACGACUGGCACUUCCUGCGGCGGGAGGACUGGAUCGGCGUCUCCUCCCUCGUCCUCUUCAUGAACUCGCUUGAGUUCUGCAAUGCCGUCAUCCAGGUUGCCCACCCGCUGGUGCAGAAACAGCUGGUGGAUUACGUCCACAACGGGUUCCUGGUGCCCGUCAUGGGGCCGGCGCUGCACAAGACCUCGGUGGAGGAGAUGAUUGCCAGCACGGCGUACCUGGAUCUGUUCCUGCGCAGCGUCAGCGAGACAGCGCUGCUGAAAACCUUCCUGCGCUUCGUGCUGCUGCACCGGCACGACAACACAACCAUCCUGGACACGCUGGUGGGCCGCAUCAACAGCAACUCCCGGCUGUGCAUGGUGUCUCUGAGCCUCUUCCGGACUCUGCUCAGCCUCAACUGCGAGGAUGUGAUGCUGCAGCUGGUGCUCAGGUACCUGCUGCCCUGCAGCCACGUGAUGCUGAGCCAGAAGCGGGCGGUGCGGGACCUGGACAUCUACGGGAAGACAGCAGCCAAGUUCCUGUCCCUCAUCCCGCGCUGCUGCCGGCCCGAGAGCCCCCCGCCACCUCACGAGCGGGACGAGGAGCCCCCCUCCCGGGCCAGGGCCCACGGCAGCCCCGGCGCAGACGCCCCCGCGGCACCCAAGCCCUCCACGCCGUCCCGUCUCUCGUUCUUCAUGCGCCAGGCCGGCGCAGCCCCCGCCGAGCCCGCUGCCCCGCGCUCCCCCGGGCCCCCCGCGGGCAGCCCGGCCCCCCCCGGGGACGGCGGCGCGGGGCGGGCAGCGCGGCCCCCCGACCCCCUGGCGCAGGUGGUGGCCAGCCCGCCGCGGGCGGUGGGGCCGCCCCCCAGCCAGCCCUUCACAGGCCCCUUCGUGUCGGUGCUGUUUGGGAAGCUGGAGAACAUGCCCCACAACUCGCUGUAUGUCAACUUCCUGCUGACGGGGCUGGUGGCCCAGCUGGCCUGCUACCCCCAGCCUCUGCUCCGCUCCUUCCUGCUCAACACCAACAUGGUCUUCCAGCCCAGUGUCAAGUCCCUGCUCCAGGUGCUGGGCUCGGUGAAGAACAAGAUCGAGAGCUUUGCUGCCACUCAAGAGGAUUUCCCAGCACUGCUCUUCAAGGCCAAGAAGUACCUGAUUGCUCGGGGGCGGCUGGACUGGGCGGAGGGGCCAGGGGCUGUCCCUGCCCUGCGGCGCACGGACACCCUGGCCCCCAGCUGUCCCGUGGGUGAGGGCUGGGGCCGUGCUGGGGCGGGGUGCCCCCCGUGCGCCCCAGCCUGACCCGUG